AUGGACUUAUCUGUGUACAUUACGUCUGAUCUUACUGCUUCAGAAAGGAGGAUUUCUCCUCAGUGGCUGGUUGAAUACUUGUUGCAGAGAUUGGAGCAAAUCACUGGCAUUGAGGCCGCGUACCAGACUCUUCACUAUUACCCUAUCAAGACGUCUAAUGAGUAUAGUACUAUCCAUGAAGCUGGACUGAAGGAUGAAAGAGACGUUUCUGAGUUGGGCGUUGCUGGGUACUCGAGAAUACACGUUAUAGAUACGGACCCGAAUUCAACGCUAGCGGCGUUGGAGGACGAUUCGGCUGGGUUCCAGCUCUCUGAGGAGGACUAUGCUAAGAAGAGCAAUACCGUGCUUCAGUGGAAGAAACAGAACCAGCUUGGUCGGUUUGAUCCUAAUUUUGAUGACCAGCAGAGGUUGCUCCAGGAGGAGAACGAGAAGAUUGCUGAGGAUAUUAAGGUUGGCAACAGGUGCAGAGUUAUCAAUAUUGCCAGUGAGAGGAGAGGCGUGGUUAGGUUCGUGGGAAAGAUCCAGGAGCUUGACGAGGGAGAGAACUACUGGGUAGGCAUUGAAUUUGACGAGCCAGUGGGUAAGAACGACGGUCUGAUUGGCCAGCUUCGUGUUUUCGAGGCGAGAAAGAACCACGGCAGUUUUGUCAAGCCAAAACAGGUAGAGGUUGGCGAUUUCCCUGAACUUGAUCCGUUUGGAAGCGAUGAAGAGGAGAUUUAG